UUUCAUCUAUAAAUUUUCAUAAAAUUCUCUUCAUUCCUGUAAACCAAAUUCACACACACACAACUUCACAAUACAAAAUAUCUUCUGAAAAUGCCGAUUUUCGCUAGAACAAAACGAGUCACCGAUCCGCUAGACGAACGAGUCAAGGAUCGGAUCGUCGGACGUGAUCGGCGUGAACCGGCGUACGUUAGCAGCGGCAGCGAACACAGCGCACACGAUGACGAUUCUGAACUGCUUGAUUUUUUUCUCGAAGACGACGGCGAAACUUGCAACAAUAUUAAUAAUAAUAAUAAUCGUAACGCCGAUGAUGACGACGGUUAUCAAACGAACGAUAAUGAAACCGAUUCGGAUUCAGAAUGUGAGUCCGAUCGUACGGACGUGUUAAUCGAGAGCUUAAUUUCAGUUUUUAGAUCUCAAAACGUUGAUAGGUUCAGAAACGUGUUGUUAUCUAAUGUUUUGAAAGCUAUGGAGGUUUUCGAACGUUCUAGAUCUAACAAACAGAUGCUGAACAGAAACGUGAUGUUAUUUCUUCAAAAAAAUGGUUACAAUGCAGCGAUCUGCAAAACGAAGUGGCAGACCUGCGGCGGACUGACGUCAGGAAACUACGAGUUCAUCGACGUUGUUAGAUCUAAUUCCGGCGAUCGCUACUUCAUCGACGUUAACUUCGCCGGAGAGUUUGAUAUCGCGAGAGCAACGACGAACUUCCGCCGGAUUUUGAACCUGUUACCGGCGGUUUUCGUCGGAAAAAGUGAAGACCUGAAGCAGAUCGUGAAGUUGUUGAGUGACGCAACCAGACUUUCGCUGCGAAGUAGAGGAUUACUCCUCCCUCCGUGGAGGAAAAACCGGUUCAUGCAGAACAAGUGGUUUGGACCGUACCGGCGGACGGUUAAUUACACGCCGGCGAACGGUUCAACGGCGUCAAUGCAAACGGUGAAAUGUAGUUUGAUUGGAUUUAACGCUGUUAGUGGAUUUAACGGUGCGUUAUUUCCUGCGGCAACACGUACAAGAUAAAGUAAAAUAUUAUUCGGUAGCCACGUGUAUAUAUAAGAGAAAUAACUUUUCGUUUCGAUAAAGAGAGUUAAUUAUUGUGAUAGCAUUGCACGUUUUUGUUGGAGUGAAAUAGAGUCCACGUGGAUAUGACUGUUGCCGUUGAUUUAUGGUGUUGGUUUUCAACUGAAUCAACGGUUGAGAUGAAUGGCUUGGAUGUAUAAGGAAACGUAAGUGUACGUACGUAAUCAAUCAUACAUGCAUCUCCACCAAAUUUACCAGAUAUGUAUAUUUUAGAUGAUUAGAAAGAGAGAAAAAAUCAGUAAAGGUUUUUUAUAAGUCGAGCUCGAGCUUAACAUUUGAACUCGUUAAGAUAAAUUUGUUGGGUCGAGCUAUAUAUUUGUUUAAUGCUUGAAUGAUUCGUUU